CCCUUUCUUCUCUCCAAACACCCCACCCCCCCCCAUAGUCAAGUCAGUGCCUUGAAAUGUCUAUCACCGGUGGUGCAGGGUUUGUCACAUCCGAGGGCAAGAAAAAACUUUUCUUGGCUUUCUUUGCGUCUAUCCUUCUAGUCACUGCUAUAGUUAGCAUCGCUGCCACCGUAUCUGUUUCCAAAAAGAAAUCUAGCGACGACAACAACAAUAAUGCAGCUCACUCCAUCAUCAAAACUUCCUGUAGCUCCACAUUGUACCCAGAGUUAUGCCUCUCAACAAUCUCUGCAGCCCCAGAUGCUGGGACCAAGAUCAAGAACCCCAAGGAUGUAAUAGAGAUGUCAUUGAACUUGACAGUAACUGCUGUCCAGGGUAACUAUUUAUCCAUCAAGAAGCUCAUCAGCACCAGGAAAGGCCUAACAAAACGCGAAAAGGUUGCCCUUAAUGACUGUCUAGAACUGGUCGAUGAAACUCUGGACGAGCUUUACAAGGCUGAACAAGAUCUCAGUGACUAUCCCAAUUUCAACAAGUCCAUUUCUCAACAUGCUGAUGAACUCAAGAGCCUUCUUAGUGCUGCAAUGACCAACCAAGAUACUUGCAUUGAUGGAUUUUCUCACGACGAUGCAGAUAAAAAGGUGAGGGAAGCGUUAAUAGACGGGCAAAUGCAUGUGUUCCAUAUGUGUAGCAAUGCACUGGCAAUGAUCAAGAACUUGACAGACACCGACAUGACAAGGCAGGGUUACCCGUCAGGGAGGCAACUUGAGGAGCAAGACGAAACAGAAUGGCCUGAAUGGUUGUCUGCUGGAGACAGGAGACUGCUACAGGCGACAACAGUUACUCCUGACGUUACCGUGGCUGCUGAUGGCAGCGGUGACUUCCGCACGGUGUCUGAGGCGGUGGCGGCUGCACCGGAGAGAAGCACCAGGAGAUACAUUAUAAAGAUUAAAGCUGGAGUGUAUAGGGAAAACGUGGAUGUUCCAAGGCGGAAAACCAAUCUUAUGUUUGUCGGAGAUGGGAGAGUCAAUACCAUCAUCACCGCUAGCAGAAAUGUUGUUGAUGGCAGCACCACCUUCAACUCUGCCACUGUUGCUGCGGUAGGGGACGGGUUCCUGGCCAGGGACAUAACAUUUCAGAACACAGCUGGACCAUCAAAGCACCAAGCAGUGGCGCUGCGUGUGGGAUCAGACUUAUCAGCAUUCUACAGGUGUGACAUGUUAGCAUACCAGGACACUCUCUAUGUGCACAGCCUUCGCCAAUUCUAUAUAGAAUGCCUUAUAGCAGGCACUGUGGACUUCAUAUUUGGAAAUGCAGCAGCAGUGUUCCAAAACUGUGACGUUCAUGCUCGUCGACCUAAUCCAGGCCAAAGGAACAUGGUCACGGCACAAGGUCGCGAUGACCCUAACCAGAACACUGGAAUUGUUAUCCAGAAAUGCAGGAUUGGUGCAACCUCAGAUUUACAAGCCGUUAAGAACAGUUUUUCUACUUAUCUAGGGAGACCAUGGAAGCAAUAUUCGAGGACUGUUAUCAUGCAAUCUGUUAUAAGUGAAAUCAUUCAUCCAGCUGGUUGGUUCGAGUGGGAAGGAGAUUUUGCACUAGACACAUUGACUUAUCGGGAGCAUCAGAAUAAUGGAUCUGGUGCCGGGACGUCAAACAGGGUUACAUGGAAGGGGUACAUGGUGAUUACCACCGUCGCUGAGGCGCAAAGCUAUACUGCUCGGAAUUUUAUUGCCGGCGAUAGUUGGUUAAAAGCCACGGGUUUUCCUUUUUCUCUUGGUCUUUGAAUUAUGGCUGAAAUUUAGAUUCUGGUGAUUCAGAAUAAGUGUAUCAUCGCCAAGUUUUCCUUUGCUCUUGUUGACAUUCGAAUGAACUUGCUCCAUGACCGUGAGUUUAGUAAUGAGUUAUCUGAUAUAGAUGAAUGUAGCCAUGCACCUCAGCAAGGCAGUAUAUUUCUAUCUUCUACUCAAACUAAAUGGAUUAAAUCUGAGCUAGCAAUUGAUAGUCUGGACUGAAAUUGGUAACGAAACCUCGCAAUUCAAUUCUUCAUACACUUCUAAAUUUGGCUGAGACUUGAGAAUUAGCAAACCAAAGAUUUUCUUUCUGAUAUCUUGAAAUCGAGAUAGUAAUCUUUUAUCGAAUUAAGUGCAUGGGUCGGCGAAUGAGCUGCUAGAAGUUGACAUAUCCAACCAGAACCCAUGGAAAAGGAGAACAUAAGAAGCCUACUUGCAGUUAGACAUCCUCAUACGAGGAAUAUAUUCAUAUAACAAGCGUUAUUCAGCGUAGCAGGUAACUUACUUAUGUCUGAUGUUCAAGUUAGGCUGCCGAUGAACCAUGAGCAUAUUAAAAUGUAACCAAGUUCGGAAGCAUUGUCACAAUCAAAAUGGCAUAUUAAAAUGUAACCAUGAGCAUAAUCUUUUUUUUUUAUUAUUAUUAUUACUAGUGAUUUUAGUGACCGGAAAAAUGCUGCCAGCUAGUGGGCAAUUAUCAUUUAUCAUCCAUAAUCAAAA